CAGCACACCCAAAACGUUUCCUCUUACCAACAUAUGUAGCUGCGUCGUUUGGCUUGGUUUGGACAGCCUGACAGAAAUCUGUUUACUGUUUGGUUCACUGGUGCCGCAGUGCUGGAUGCACACCUUUUAGUAUCGUCCCUUAGCGUUGUUUUAAAUGACACGGUUGCAAAUAUAGGGGCGUCUGAGUUUGUGAACGAAGACGCGUUUUAUUAAUUUGUCUAGCGCGAUCCUCGGCACGCAGGCAUGGCAGCAGCGACGGUGGCGGAAACCGAUCCAGCGAGUGCCGAGGGUGGUACCUCCUUCGCCGAGGUCCACGGCUCCGGAUGGGACGAGUCCCAAUUCAGAAAGUAUACUUUCCAGACCCGGUCUAUACCACGAAUGUCCCACACCGACCCCAGGGCUGAGAUCUUAAUUGACAAUGAGCAACCAGUUGUUCUGACGGACACCAACCUGGUGUAUCCAGCGCUGAAAUGGGACGUGAACUACCUGCAGGAGCACAUCGGGGCGGGAGACUUCUCUGUCUACUUGGCUCAAACCCACCGCUUCCUUUACUACGACGAAAAGAAAAUGGGAAACUGCGAGCACUUUGUUCCCAAGUCACAACGUCUGGAAAUGAAAUUUCCUGAAUUUGUGGACAAAAUGAAGGAAACUGAGGAGUCGGGGGGAGAAGAGAGGGUGUACUUGCAGCAAACGCUGAACGAUACAGUGGGCCGGAAGAUCGUGAUGGACUUCCUGGGUUUCAACUGGAACUGGAUCAACAAGCAGCAAGCGAAGAGGAGCUGGGGACAGCUCACAUCGAACCUGCUGCUCAUCGGCAUGGAAGGGAACGUGACCCCAGCGCACUACGACGAGCAGCAGAACUUCUUCGCUCAGAUUAAAGGCCAUAAGAGGUGCAUACUCUUUCCCCCGGAUCAGUUCGAGAGUCUCUACCCCUAUCCUGUUCACCACCCCUGCGACCGGCAGAGCCAGGUUGAUUUUGAGAAUCCCGACUUUGAAAAGUUUCCUAAUUUCAAGAACCUUGUUGGCUAUGAGACUGUGGUGGGUCCGGGAGAUGUGCUGUACAUCCCGAUGUACUGGUGGCAUCACAUCGAGUCCUUGCUAAACGGAGGAGUGACGAUCACGGUUAAUUUCUGGUAUAAGGGCGCCCCUACCCCAAAGAGGAUAGAGUACCCGCUGAAGGCGCACCAGAAGGUGGCCAUCAUGAGGAACAUCGAGAAGAUGCUCGGCGAAGCCCUGGGAGAUCCGCACGAGGUCGGCCCCCUGCUGAACUUGAUGAUCAAAGGCCGAUAUGACGUCAGUUAGUGCCCUCCGGAGGACCUCCCUAUCCCAACAGUACUGAGGGUGUGUGUGUGUCUGUAUAUGAGAGGGAUUGACUGAGCCAUUGUGUGUGUGUGUGUGUGUGUGUGUGUGUGUGUGUGUGUGUGUGUCUGUAUAUGAGAGAGAUUGACUGAGCCAUUGCGUGUGUGUGUGCGUGUGUGUGUGAGUGAGGGAUUGACUGAGCCAUUGUGUGUGUGUGUGUGUGUGUGUGUGUGUGUAUGUGUGUAUGUAUGGACGCAGACUGUGAGUGUCCGUGUGCAUGUUGCACUUCUGUUGCAUGAUCGCAUUUGGACGUGUCAGACGUCAACUGCCUCUGUCAGUUUUCUAAUCCGUUCUGAUUUUCUGCAAGCCAUCGUCACGGCGACCAGUCCAGCCAGUGGAAGUACACGUGCACUCACCUGUGCUGGUGCUUCUCCAGAGAGGCCGCACACCUGGGGGAAGUGUUGGGCAGGUAUUCCCGUUUAGGAGUGUUCAGGAGAUGCCACACACCUGGAGGAAAAGCAUCCGGGAGUGCACACCUGCAGCUACCUGUGGAUGGAGUGUUCAGGAGAUAUUACUCUGUUCUCUUGGGCUCUCUGGGCUUUACGCCGGUUUUGUCCAAUGAGAAGAUGUGUUUCUGAGGAGUGUAAUGACCAGACAGGAAGCCCUGUUACCCCUCCGGACAGUGUAGGACACCAAGCUCCCCUUGUGGAAAGGUACAUUCGCCCAUUUGACUUUUCAUUAGCGCACCUCUAGUCUUCUUCAGAAGUGCUGCUUCAUCACAGGACAGGCCACUGUUACACCUGUAAACUUGCCGAUGUGUCCAGGUCGAUCUCAGAAUCCGCAGUUCAGCGUUUCUGUUUGUGGGUUUUCUGCUUUUGCGACAUUGGCGCGCGGUUGAAUUUCACACCAGAUAACCACUCUCCUAUCGAUUCUGCGCCCGUAACCGCUGACCCGGAAGCACAUACAAGUCUGUCUUUCAUAAGACGGGCGUAAUUGCACGUGUGUUUUCUGUUCAUUUUGUCGGGAGUGUAUCUGAAGAGAUGAGCGUUAUGGCAGAGGAACAUGCUAAAGGUUUAACCGUAUCAGAUUUAGUACUUUGUAUCUUCAAUAUGAUUUGCAGGGGCAAUCUGCAAACCACUGUAACAGGCCUGAACGUCUUAGAUUCAAUUAAAUGACUGCUGAACGUUUCUAGGUUAUAUAUAAAUAUAUAUGUUUGUUGGUAUUUUUCUAAUUUUAUACUCAUUACUGAGGCUUGCAUUCAUUGUGUUUUUAUUCUCUAAUUGAAGUGUAAUUUUAGCAUGGUACAAAUGAAUUUAAGAAAAGACGAUGACUAGUUUCUCCCAUUUUUGUUUACUCAGUUUUAAUUUAAGAGAAAAUAACGGAAUUAAGAUUGUAGAAAUUAAGCGCUUGUUUCUAGCUAAUUCAAUCACUUUCCGUUGGUGAAUGCAGGAAAAAUUCUAUUUCUUUUUUGAAAGCAGUAAGUGCUGACCGUUGCAGUUUUGCUCUUUAAGUAGGCCUCGCGGAAGGUUGUGUGAGGAUUGGGCUCCGUUAAUGAUACGGUAAACUGAAAGUGACAGUUGCUCUCAUCGUGACGAUCGUUAACAGAUCAAGCACUGACUUGUUUCCUCUGUAAAAUGUGUAAUUGGGUUAGUGACGAACUGACGGUGUUCUGAUGAGGAAAGGGACGCGUACUGUGUGUUCAAGUAUAACGUGUUGUGGAGAACGUGUGCAAAUUGGCGAAACGAUUUUCUGAAGUUCCCACACUGCUAGCCACCACCAAAAAAAGCACUUUUUUUGUUUGACUUUCUGUAGAGUGAGGUUCGUGUACAUGUGAGUGUUCAAAUGCAAACAUGCUACGGGUGGAUCUGCAACAUAAAUCUAAAAUGUCAGGAUCUCUCCCCCCCCCCCCCCAGCAAAAUUUAAACAAAACUAUAUGAAACGAUAUGUGUAUGUACGCAUUUUCUCCCAAACUGAGGAUAUACUUCUGUUGACUCGUACCAAGAGCUUGUCGAAAUAUUCUGCAUAUAUAAAGUAGUUCUGUUAUAAUGAUCAGCACGUCUGAAAAAUGAUACAAUGAAGUGGUAUAUAGUUUGUGUGUAGUUCUGUGAAAACAGUUGUGAUGUACAGUGGGCCUCUUCAAAUAAAUGCAUGUCGUGCAGUUGGCUCCCGUUGACCAGUUAGGGCACCAAACCCAGGUUAAGGCCUAACAUCCCUGCUUUCCACUAAUGGAAACCAACCAGAUAGAACCGUCUCAGUACAGAAUAUCAGACGCAACAUCCACGCCCCCUAGUGGCAGAUUUUAAGCCUGCAUUUCCAGGGAAUCUAGUUCUGACUGAAUGUUUAAUCAUUGUGCCAAAUAUAUAGUAUACCCACUGUGUAGGUAUAGCCUCGUUAAACAUAGUCCUUCUUCGCUGGCUCACUGGGCAAUGAGUUCUAUCUUUCAUAAGUUAUUAAAUGAAUGUUUUGAACAAAGUUGCUUUCUAUAUAUAACUCUGGAGUGUGUGUGUAACCCUUACAUUAAUAUAGGAGCAUCCAUUCCCUGUGUCAUCUCGCUGUUUCUCUGUGGUAUGAUUAACAGAUUAUCUCGAUAGGAUCUUUUGAUAGGAUGUUCCAUCGGUUGCAACUGCGGAGAAUGAGGAGUAAAAUGUAAGACAUAACAUUUAUUUUAAUUGUUAAAAUACAAAGUUUAAAGCAGGAAUUGGGCUGAAAUCCUGUCUGGCCAGUUAUGUUUUAGGUGACCCGAAGCUUGUUCAGGCUUUUGUUCUUUCAUUUCACGAUGUUUCAGGAAUAUCAGCGUUUGUGUGUUCUUUGGAAACCCAUAAAACCAAAAAGCUGUAAAAUAUUGUUGUGUUCUUUGUGUGUACAGCAAUUUGGCCAUUACAGAAGCCUUUGUGUGUAUGGAGAAGAAAAAACCUUUUUCUAA